CAUGUAAUAGGAAGGGAAGCUUUAAAGCUUCUUUAAAAUGACCGAGAUAUUUUCAUAUCUCAAUGCCACUCCAAUUAUCAUGUCCUAGCAGAUAUUGAAUGUUGUUCUUCAUGAAGAAUAUUGCAAAAGCAGCAAACAGUAGGGUGCUGCUGGCCGAGGAAAAGAAGGUAAACAGCGGCGGCCGAGUUUGGGUCCCGGUGUGGCUGCCAAAUUCAAAAAUGAGAUCAGGAAAGCUGCCGGUCUCUGGGAAAACCAUAAUGCUAUUAUGCAUCGCAAGCUUUCUGGCAGGAUCGCUUUUUAGUAGCCGGAUAUGGACUCAACCUAAUUCUGAAAUGAAUACCGACCUCGUGAUCCCCACAAUCUCCAAUCAUGAGAAGCUUAGAACCAUUUCACGUACUGAAUGUGAUCACAAGCGUAAAUUAGUUGAAAGCAAUGACGGAGACAUCAUGGGGGAAGUCAUGAAGACUAAUCAAGCUAUUCAAUCACUUGAUAAAAGUAUAUCAACAUUUGAGAUGGAACUAGCAAUAGCUCGGACAAAGCAAACAAUCAGCCAAAAUGCAAAGGAAAACAGAGGUUCAAAUCACAGCAUUCCGAAUAAAGCAUUUAUGGUGAUUGGAAUCAAUACCGCAUUCAGCAGCAGGAAAAGACGUGAUUCUCUUAGAGAAACAUGGAUGCCUAAAGGAGAUAAGCUAAGGAAGCUAGAGAAAGAGAAGGGCAUAGUGAUACGUUUUGUGAUGGGACACAGUGCUACACCAGGAGGAGUUUUGGAUCGUGCCAUUGAUAGUGAGGAUGCUCAGUACAAAGAUUUCCUUCGACUUGACCACGUUGAGGGUUAUAAUGAGCUCUCCACCAAGACCAGAUUGUAUUUCUCUAAAGUAGUUUCCAUUUGGGACGCUCACUUCUACGUUAAAGUGGAUGAUGAUGUCCAUCUCAACUUGGGUAUGCUUGCUGGCACAUUAGCAAAAUACAAAUCCAAACCAAGAGUCUAUAUUGGGUGCAUGAAGUCAGGGCCAGUUCUUUCCCAAAAAGGAUUGAAGUAUCAUGAGCCUGAGUAUUGGAAAUUUGGAGAAGAAGGGAACAAGUAUUUCAGGCAUGCCACGGGUCAAAUAUAUGCCAUCUCCAGGGACCUUGCUGCUUACAUCUCCAUCAACUCGGGCAUAUUACAUAGAUAUGCAAAUGAAGACGUUUCAUUGGGAUCAUGGUUAAUUGGGCUGGAAGUGGAACAUGUGGAUGAACGUUCACUGUGCUGUGGGACACCUCCAGAUUGUGAAUGGAAGGCAAAAGGAGGGAAUAUGUGUGUGGCAUCGUUUGAUUGGUCAUGCAGUGGUGUAUGCAAGUCGGUAGAGAGGAUGAAAGAUGUGCAUCACUCAUGCGGCGAAGGUGAUACAGCUGUUUGGACUCUUGCUAAUGCUCUCUAGACUACGGCCUUCUUUAUUUAUAUGAGAUACUCUUAGGAUUCAAAUCCAGAAGAGAUUUACUCUUCAACUGGGAGGGAACUCAAAUUAUCCACAUAGCCAUUAGUAUUUACUUUCAAUUAAUAAACUAUGCAAUGCAAUUCUUGUUUUGCUUAUUUUUGUCACCGGGGUUUGUAUUUCACUCUUUCUGCCGUUGUUUCUAGAGUGAGUACUUCUUACUUCUAUCACGACUUAAGCACAUUUUUCAAUGAAAGAGUACUUUAUCUCUAUAUCUCUAAUCAUAAGUGGAUUCAAAAU